UCGAGGCACGUGGACAUCAAAAGAUACAUGUACACACUUGACUCGAGGCUUUCCACUCAACCUGCAUGCAGGUAUCACCAAUCGAGUAGUGAUCACCCUUGAGAAGACCACCAUAUUCCGUGGUGGUGACCAUUGUGGUUAAUGUCCAAACCAUUUUCAUUCUUGGUUUUGCAUCCUACACGCCAAAGCAUGGCAUUUCAAGCCCCAACUCCAACAGCGGCGACGGCCGACAAGCUCAAAUCUCCUGACCAGUAUUUCGACCUCAAAACGCCGGAAGACACCAAUGGUGAUAUCGAAAGUGGGGCUUUACGAUCUGGCGGCGCACCGUCUAUCUGGUCGCUGCGCAACAUCGGAGUCUUGGUCAGUUUCUGCUGCGUCACCGUCGUCUACGGCAUGAGUCUGAGCAUCCUGUACGCUGUCAUGAACAACUACCUGUACAUGUCCGGUCUCCUGGUCGCGACGGCCAAGGCUUUGGUGAAGAUUCCUCGUGUGCUGCGCGUCUUCCUGUCUGCUUUCUCGGACAUUUACCCUAUCUUCGGGUACCGUCGUCGUCCGUACAUGAUCAUCGGUUGGAGUGUUGCCUUCAUCGCUUGCUUCAUCAUGGCUGUGAUCCCACUUGGAGAUCCGUACUACGAAGACUCCUCGCUGGCAGACAUCAACCUCGCCGACAUGACUCCGGAACAACUGGCGCUAGUGCACACUGACGCUCCACACCGCGGCAACAAGUUCAUCUUCCUCUUCAUGCUUGCCAACUUGGGUGCUGUCAUCGCCUACGGUCCGACGUAUGGCAUCUUCAUCGAGCUCUCUCAACGCGAGCCUGAACACAUCCGCGGUCGCCUCCAAACGAACGUCUUCAUGGUGCGCAAUGCUCUGGCGAUUGUCACGGCUUUCCUGACUGGUCUGUGUCUAAACAGCACUGAAUACGGCGGCACUUUCUCCUGGACAAUCGGGUUCAACGGCAUCAUGUGGAUCUGUACCGCCGCGACACUCAUCACUAUCCCGUUCUGCUGGUUCUGUGUGACCGAAGAGAAGGUGGAGCAGACCAAGUCCAUUGGCACCUUCUACAAGGAGAUCUACGGCAUCAUCCAGAAGGAACCCUUCUAUCGCCUCUUCAUCUUCCGCUACUUCACCAAGAUCUUCGCUGCAGUGUCGGUCACGGCAUCCAGCAACAUCCAGUCCAUCUAUGCUGGAGUCACGCCGCUUAACGAUGGUAUCGCGGCUUGUAUCAGCCAAGUUCUGAUCGUGGCAGGCAUCUUCUCAAUCAAAAAGUGGGGAUUGCAAUGGAAUUGGCAGUACUUGGCUAUCUUCUCGCAGCUCUUCGCCGUGUUUGUCGAUGCCUUCCCGACCUACUUUACCAUCUGGAACGUUUUCCGUAGUCAGUGGUUCUGGCUCGGUGUCCCGCUUCUCGAAGACUUUGUGGGCGAGUUCGUCGACUACGCGACAACCAUCACCAUGGUGGAGAUCGCAGAGCCUGGGCGUGAAGCUACGUCCAUGGGUUUCCUCGGCUCGAUCACUGCUGCUGCCCAGCCAUUCGGCACAGUCAUUACCAAGUCAGUCGACAGCUACUUUGAGAUCGGGCAAAAAGCUCUUAAAAGAGACGAUCACGCUGUUCACAUGGACCUCACGUACGCCUACCUCAUCGCGUACUUGUUUAACAUCGCGGUUGUCGUGUUCGCUUUCUUGUUGCCUCGCCAGAAGCACGAGGCGCAAGCAAUGAAGCAGAACGGCAACACGAGCAAGCUGAUCGGUACGGCCUCCGUGGUUAUCUUCCUCUUCUCUGUGGCCUGGGCUAUCAUGACUCACCUGCUGUCGCUCUGGGACUCGACGUCGUGUCUGCGUAUUGCUGGCGGUAGCGGUUGCUAAAAACCUGGGCGAGUUAUCUCUAAACUGAAUAGGGAUCAUUAAGGAAUCUCUAUUCUGCUAAGAGAAAAAAAUCAAUUGUGUCGUCUUCACUGGUUCAGAAGUGCAAUCUCCUCAUGACAACGUAGACUGAUUGUUAGCAGCAGGUAAUCACCAACCUUGUUCGUAGAAGACGCAGCGCGCUGGAUGUGGUGCAUUAAAAAAACAAACAUGGUCAUCUACAGGUCACUGUCGAUGUCAUCAAAGGCUUCGUCGAUCUUGUCCCACAACGCAUUGGCAGCAGUAAAAUGGUCUGUUGCUGGGUCGAUCUGGAACCGAACGAUCCGCUGCUUGGCUGGUACGUGGAUAUCUGAGACCAUCGACACCAAAAAAAAACUAUCAUUACCACCAAUUUUUUUAAAUAUUAUCAUAAUUCAACAAUGCAGACUUACCUCC